CAAAUCUUUGGAGAUGCCAUUCUCUCCUCAUCACUAAAAGUAAUUGUUUCUCCAUCUUUCUAUACAACUUUUUUCUCUUAAUCUUCAAAAUCCCAAAUACCAUAUCUUUGUUUAUUCAUUCUUGUGCCAUUUUCCAAAUCCCAAAAAAUGGCAACUUCAGCCUCAACAAUCUCCCUCUUUUCCUCCACAACCACCCUCCAAAGGACAAGACAACUCACGCCAUCCAACAUCUCGUUCCAAGGCCUUAAGGGCACCAAACUCUCCCUCCCCGCCACCACUACCACCACCAAAUUAGCCCUCCGCCGCCCCCGCUCCGCCGCCAUCAAGGCCGAGCUCAACCCGUCCCUCGUGAUCAGCCUCAGCACCGGGCUCUCCCUCUUCCUAGGCAGGUUCGUCUUCUUCAACUUCCAAAGAGAGAACGUGGCCAAACAAGGCCUGCCGGAGCAGAAUGGCGUCACGCACUUCGAGGCGGGCGACACGAGGGCUCAGGAGUACGUGAACUUGCUCAAGUCAAACGACCCUGUUGGGUUCAAUAUUGUUGAUGUCUUGGCUUGGGGCUCCAUUGGCCAUAUUGUGGCUUACUACAUUUUGGCCACUUCUAGCAAUGGCUAUGACCCCAACUUCUUUUAGACUGAUCCUAUAUAUUAUGAUCAUGAUUAUAAUUUUCUUUGUGCUUUGAUUUGUCUUUUUAUCAUCAGAUCUGUAUUUGUAUAGCUUAAGAAUUACUGCAAUGCUACUUUCUAUUUUGUUUUAUGCGCCAA